AGAGAGAGAGAGAGAGGGGGAGGGAGAGGAAGGGUGCUUGAGGCGAAGGCAAAGGAAGGAAGGAAGGAAGGAAGGAAGGAAGAAGGGAAGGAAGGGAGCGAAGCUUGGCCUCAGGCUUAGCCUUGGCCUUUAUCCUAAAGCUGAACCGACGGGUCGCUUAUCGUGGGCCGGUGAGGUUUCGUCCAGGAUUGUCUGUGAGAGAGGGGUCGGAGGAGUGGGAGGGGCUGCCUGGAUCGCUGUACAGCACCCGCAGCUGCGCUUAGAUUAGAGUAGAGCGAGCGAGAUCGCGAGCGGGGCCAGGAGGGUGUGGAAGCACGACUUAGUUUUCUGUGAUUGAUUCCAGAGAGGGGAGUGAGGAGAUGGGAUCACAUCUCCUCCGAUGAUGUGAUUCUCUGGUACGGGGAGCUAUCGCUCGCCCGCUCGCUCACGUAGAGCGUGUGCCAGUUGUGUCCCGAGUUGCUGCUGAGUCCUGACUUUCUCCCCUCUUAUAUGUCCUCGCUUUUCAGCCUCACGCCGGCUCGAUUCCCACGUUUCGGUUUGGAACUUACCAGGACCUGAGGAGCAUCGGGCGUUUUUUGUUUAAUUGAUAGUCGUAGGCAGAGAGGGCCGUGAAUCCGCGUACUAGUGCAGUCCGACUCCGGCUCGAGGGAGGUCGCCGAUCGAGCGCUGAUCGGAGCUCGGACGGAGCCGCGGACCGCAAUUCGGAUCAGAGACAGAGAGCGAGGAAUUUUUUGCUCGGGGGAGGCCGACGACGAGAUGAGAGGACGUGGAGGAGGAGCUGACGACAUCGCGCGCGCGUGUCCGCUGGCCGGAAAGCACGACUAAAUGUCUGUGGACGGUGCGAGCUCUAGAGACGACGUAGAAGACCGCGUGCGCGUGCCGAAUUCCGAAUGGGAUUGCCUGGCUGAUGGUUUGCACGGAUCAGCAGCUGCGAGCCCGACCCCGACGACGGCGACCGGGACCUGGAUCCGACAGGCAGUUUUCGAUACCCGUGGCAAUUGGUUUGGAUGCAAAUUGCGCUCUCAAGGACAAAUCUAAGAUUGGAGACGAGCCGCUGCGCUCCUCGAGUCCAUCGGUGGAUGGGACGGGAAUUCUCACCCUUUGUUCGUACAUCACUCGUGGCAGCGUCUCCAUCCAAGCCCGUGCUGCGUGAUCUGGAAGCGGCUGCUGUCUCCAUGCCAGUGGGUGACAGAUAGCUAGCCUGGGCCCGCUCCGAUUUAACUUCACAUCUGGUAGCAUAAAGUAUCGUGCAGAUGACCUGAGCACAGGACCAGUCGCGGCGCAGUGCUCAGAUCCCCUGUAAAUGUCACAUGAACGGGAUGGCGAUGGGCAUGGUCAUGGCGGAAUUGUAAAUACAGUCCAGUGAUUUGGAGCACGUAGUCAGGAAAGUUCCCCUGGAAAAUUCUUCGACCCCCCCGUUGUGUAACUGGAUAUUAUCAUCUCAACGAGCUGUGCCGUCGGCACAGUGGAUAGUGGGGAGCCCCUAGAGAUGGCUCCUCAACGGGGCGGAGGCUCCCCCAUGGAGUCUCAGCAUCCGUUAUUAGCAGGUGGGCGGGAUUUCACGCAAGUGUUGCUCAGCCCUCGCAUUGCAGGGACGAACAGUCCAAUGAAUCGACGAUCUCUGUCAUCGAAGCGGAUGCAGUCCCCUGCCGAAGAGUUAUGGGCCAGAGGGUUCUUCGGAGACGAGGACGGAGGCCAGCAUCACCAUCCCGACGGCAAGAGGCAUAAUCUCAUCGAGCACAUUCUUCAAAGUAUUCUAGGCGAGUGUUUAUUUCGACGGUCCUUAGGCAUAGUCAGCUCAUUCAACUUGAAAAGGGGCAUCCGCCAAUCUGCCUUCCUCUUCUUCGGCCUUCUUAUGAUCACGUUUUUGCUGGUGAAAAUCUCGUCAGUCGGAUGGUUGGGCCUCGAUAUUGUCCGAGGACCCAUUCCUUACGGUUCCAAGACCAUGCCCGAUCGCCUUUUCGUGAGACCGGCAGACACUCUCGGGACAUCUGAGGCCGUGGUUGAGCAAGAUUAUAAGGUUGAAACACCGCAAAUUGACAAAAGAUCUAUCCUGCAAAAUGUGGCUGUUAAAAAUUCGGCAAGUCAACUGAAUUACGUAAAACCUGGGAGCGGCAUGCUGUGGGCGAAACCUGACAGUGAAAAAUAUGAGCAAUGCAUCAGCCGGGGGAAGAAUUACAAAAAACCGAGUGACGCCACGAAUGGGUAUAUCAUGGUGAACGCGAAUGGUGGAUUGAAUCAAAUGCGUUCUGGGAUAUGUGAUAUGGUGGCUGUCGCAAGGCUCAUGAAUGCUACCUUGAUUGUUCCAUCACUCGAUCACAGCUCGUUCUGGGCAGACCCAAGUGAAUUCAAAGAUAUCUUCGAUGUAAACCACUUCAUCGAGUCAUUGAGAGAUGACGUUCAGAUCCUGGAGGCCCUUCCUCCUGCGGUUGCAGGCCUUACUCCUUUGAAGAAAGCUCCCGUGUCAUGGUCCAAGGGUUCGUAUUUCGAGAAGGACCUUUUACCGUUGUUGAAACAACACAAGGUUUUGUACUUCACACACGCGGACUCACGGCUAGCAAACAACGGAAUACCUGAUUACAUCCAACAGCUGCGUUGCCGGGUCAACUAUCAGGCUUUACAGUAUGCCAAGCCUAUUCAGUUACUCGGAGAGAAACUUGUCGCAAGAAUGCAGCAGGACAGCCCAUACAUCGCAUUGCAUCUCAGGUAUGAAAAGGACAUGUUGGCUUUUACCGGAUGCACCCAUGGGCUCUCCGCAGCUGAGGCCCAAGUACUUUACGAGAUGCGUCAAAAUGUGAAGCACUGGAAAGAAAAGGAGAUUGAUGGCGAGGAAAGACGUAAACAAGGUGGCUGUCCGUCGACACCUCAUGAAACAGCUCUUCUUCUGAAAGCUCUCGGGUACCCUGCGUCAACAAAGAUCUACAUCGUAGCUGGAGAGAUUUAUGGUGCCCACAGCAUGGACUCUUUGAAGGAGUCGUAUCCCCACAUUUAUUCUCAUGCAACUCUAGCUACCGAGGAAGAAUUAGAUACUCUUAAGGGAUAUCAAAAUAGGCUUGCAGCUCUGGAUUACAUCUUGGCUCUUGAGAGUGAUGUAUUUAUAUAUACGUACGAUGGAAAUAUGGCCAAGGCCGUACAAGGCCAUCGACGCUUUGAAGGCUAUCAGAAAACUAUCAAUCCUGACAGGGAGAAUCUCGUGAGGCUCGUCGACGACUACGAAUCGGGUGCCAUUUCUUGGGAGACAUUUGAAACAGACGUGAGAAAGCUUCACGAGAACCGAACAGGGGCUCCUUACCUGAGAGAACCCGGAGAUUCACCGAAAACGGAGGAAAACUUCUACGCUAACCCUUACCCGGGUUGCAUUUGUGAAAACAAGCAAGCAAAUGCUCGCAAACUACUGAAGGGUAUAUGACGCGCUCGAAGCUCUCUGCGAACAGUCUACGCCAGUACCCCUUGACUAUCUUGUGCUUGACGCCCGAAACUCAGCCGAGACGGAGACGCAAGCAAGGGCGUCUACCUCACUCAUUGUAAGAGCUCAAGUUGGAAGUAAUAAUAGCUGGUUCUGAGCCCUUUUCGUUCGAUUCCCAAUCUGGACAUGCGUAGUUGCAAGACUCCAGCAGGCACAGGUGGAGCUCCCAUUCUGCGGACGCAGCAAGCAAGCAAGCAUCUGGGAGCCCCGAAUUCUUGCCAUCAACAGACUAGCGAAAGAAUUGUUGUGUACUCGUAUAUCAGUCCCUGCCAACGCCUUUGAUGAACCUUAGACCCCGUGCCCCUGCCUGCAUGCACGCCGUAAGUAUCAGGGCAGGAUGGGUUUAGGUGGUGUGCAGAGUACAAGAUUGGAAAGAGGGAGGCCCUUUCAUGCCCAGCUCAUGAGAGAGCUUGCCGCGCUGAUAUCCGUGCGAUUUUUUCAGGAUUAGAUUCCCUGAGACCCAGAGGACGAGACAGUCGCACAGAGAGAAGAAGAAGAAGAAGAAGAGAGAGAGAGAGAGAAAGAGAGAGAGAGAGAGAGAGUAGUUAUAUUGCGUGUUAGCCUUUGACCACAGGGCCUGCGUCUCGCUACGAUUCGUAAGUCAUCCGCACUGCGGUGUGUCACCUCUCCACCUCUUGUGGCUGGCUGGGGCUCCAAGCGGCGGUAGCAGCAGCCCAUGCCAGCCACCGCGGGUGAUUUUUUCUAGAGCUUAGAUGUAGGUCAAGAAUUUGGUUUGCGAGGCCCCUCGUGGGGAUGUUCUAUAGCAUGGAGAUGCUGAGAGGGAAAGCUUGGUAUAGGGACGACGAGUAUACUUGUGCAGAGAGGACAGCGACAGCGAAGGCACUCCUCUUAGGAUCUUGCGUGUGCAGGAAGGAAGGAAGGCAGGCAGGCAGGCGGUGGGCACAAGUCCGAGUCCCACAGUUUUUUUUCCCUUGUUGACGACGAGAGCCAUACUCCGCGUAUGGUGCGUAGAAAAAUUCUAAAGCUGGCCAGUUCGACAUACCGACAACCGCAGGCACACUCCACCUCCUCGGAAUUUUUAGAGAGAAAAGUCCCGUACGGGGCACAGCUCUGAGCGGCCCACCACCGCAAGAGCGAAAUUGGAACGUGUAGUUACGUGUUGCACUGUAAAUUGCAGCCUGUAGUUGCAGAUCCCUUUAGGUAGUUUUUUAAGUCUUAAUUUACAGCCAGUUCAGUUAAUAAAGCACACAUCAUCACCUAGAGUUGAUCCUUCAGGCCCAGUGAUGUUCGCCCGUUCGUCGUGUCUGUUUCUCUCGAAUCCGGUUCUCCGGGUCGGAAAAUUCUGUCGAGCGCACGGAUCAUGGCUAAUGUCAUACCUUCGUGCGUCUAUUCUUUGUUCCAAAGUUCCUUCAGCGUGACUGUACAUUGAAAUAAAGAGGUUUGAUAGUUGAC